AUGUCCUGCAACAUCCUGCUGUCCUGGGACUACUGGGAGCUGGAGAGGCGGAUGGCGGAUGGCGGCGGGCCCAUCGCGGAGCUGCCCACCAUCCCCCAGCAGUUUUCCAGCGUGGAGGAGUAUGUGCGGGUGUUUGGGCCGCUGCUGCUGGAGGAGUGCGCGGCGCAGCUGCUGCGGGGGCAGGAGGAGGGGCAGGUGCUGACGUCGCAGCGCGCGGUGGUGGCUGCCGCCAGGCUCCGGCCCGAAGACGAGUCGCUGGUGGUGCGGCUGACGCUGCCUGCGGGCGCCACCAGCUCGCUGCACGAAAACGACAUGCUGCUGGUGUCCCGAGACAGCCCAGAGGCAAGGGCAGGCGGCGGCGCCGCCCGCGGGCCGGCUUGCGGCGGCGGGGAGGAGGAGCAGGGGGACGAGCUUCACCAUGCGCUGGGGGUGAUGGAGGGCCACGAGGGCGACCAGUCUGUGCGGGUGCGCUUCAGGCUCACAGACGACGGCCAGGCGGGCAACGAGCGCGGGCUGCAGAGGGCGCGCGCGAUGCGCGGCUCUCUGGCCCGCACCGACAGCCGCUGGUGGGCCCUCAAGCUGUCCUCCAUGUCCACCAUCAUUCGGGAGUGGGCGGCCAUCCACUGCGUGGCGCACAUGCCGCUGAGGGAGGUGCUGCUGACGGCGCAGCCCUCCCAGAGCCUGCUGGCUGCGCGCGGCAGGCUGGAGGUGCCGCCUCAGAUGAGGGCCACCAUGCAGAAGACGUACAACGACUCGCAGGUGGGGCGGUGGGGGAGCUGGGGACGUGAGGUGGAUGCGGGGAGGGAGGUGGUGGUGCCUGUGGAGAGCGCAGACCCCGGGGACGCGUUUGGGCUGCUGCGGCGCUGCAUCCCGCGGCGCAUCGGCGCCAGCCAGGGGCCCAAGGCCCGCGUGCUGGUCUGCGCGCCCUCCAACUCCGCGCUGGACGAGAUUGUGCUGCGCCUGAUCACGCUGGGGCUCACAGACCAGGCGGGGCGGGUGUUCACGCCAAACGUGGUGCGCGUGGGUGUGAGCAUCCACCACAGCGUGCAGAGCGUGGCGCUGGACACGCUGGUGGCGCACAGGCUGGGCGGCGACGCCGUCAAGAGCGUGGCGGGGUGGGAGAAGGAGCGGCUGCGCAUGGCGAUACUGGAGGAGGCAAACAUAGCGCAGUACCGCAUGCACCCCGCCAUCCGCGAGUUCCCCUCCCUCAACUUCUACGGCGGCGGGCUGCGGGACGGUCCCGGCGUGGCGCAGGACACGCGCCGCCCCUGGCACGCCUGCCCCGCCUUCCAGCCCCUGGUCUUCAUCGACGUCAAGGGCACGGAGAGCGUGCCCAGCGGCAGCAGCUCCCUGGUGAAUGAGCGGGAGGCGGAGAUGGUACUACAGAUGUACCGCGAGCUGCGCCACCGCCACCCGCAGCUGGCCACCCAGCCCUCGGUCGCCGUCAUCUCGCCCUACAAGGCGCAGGUCAGCCUGCUGCGCCGCCUGUUCCGCGCCGCCCUGGGCGAGGAGGCCGCCAAGAUGGUUGACAUCAACACGAUAGACGGCUUCCAGGGCCGCGAGAAGGACAUUGCCUUCUUCUCCACCGUGCGCUCGCAGCGCGGCAGCCGCGGCAUCGGCUUUGUGGCCGACGAGCGGCGCAUCAACGUGGGGCUGACGCGGGCCAGGGCCUCCCUCAUUGUGGUGGGGCAUGUGGAGUCGCUGCAAUCCAACCCACGCUGGUCGGCGCUGGUGUCGCACGCGCGCAAGAGCAAGUGCAUGUACAGGGCAGCCAAGCCCUUCUCUGGGUGGGUGUCCCAGCUGGCGGAGGGCCAGGUGCAGCCUGUGGCGCCAACGGCAGAGGACAACGAGGAGUGGGUGCCGCAGGCCGAGGCGCACGCCCACGACGCUUACGACUUCAGCGAGGAGGAGGGGGUGCCGCCCUUCCGGGAGCAGCUGUCGGCGGCAGCCAAGCGCAAGCACGCCCCCGACGGCACCAAGCAGCAGCCCGCCAAGCGCGGCCGGGUGCGGUAGGCGCAGCGGCGGCGGCAUGGCAAUGCGUCGUGGGCAGCGCCGCUGGGGGGGCGCGGCAUCGCGGUGCGAGCGCGUCCUGUUCCAAGAUUAGGUUUAGGUAGCUGCAUUGCCAUUAUGUUAGACAUCCCUGCACUCGCGAAUCGGAAGACACCCUGCAAUUGUUCUGCCCCGCCUGCAAUCCAAUGUAAACGAUUGAAAAUUGUUA